AAGAUGAUCUGCAGGAUCUCGCUGCUCCUCAUCUUCACCUCGUGUGUCUCUGGAUCAUUUGUAGUGAAUGUGACUCAGACCUCCUGUCAGGCAGAGGAGAACCACAACAUCACACUGGAGUGGACGUUCACAGUAGAAACAGGCAGAUCCCCCACAUAUCCAAACAUCUACUGUGAACUCAUAUCUGAUGAUAAACUGUCAGUCCUGUAUCGUGUCCAUAAUGGUGCUGAAGUCUCAGAGUCUCAGGAUGAAAAGUUUUCAGGACGAGUUCAGAGUGACAAAGACGCCCUCAGAGAAGGACGAAUCAGACUCCAGCUGUGCAGACUCAGGACUGAUGACUCGGGUCGAUACAGAUGUCAAGUAAACACAGAUUAUGGCUUCAGCUCUGCGAGCUGUAGACUCAACAUCACUGCAGCUGCUGAUCAGCUCACAACUGAGAGACCAACUUCACCACCACAAGAAGAGAGAGAGGACUGCAAGAUUAUUGUAAUUAGCCUGACAGCAGCAGCAUUAUUAACUCUGAUUGUGUGCACUUUACUUUGUGUUGUUCUUAGAAAAGUGCCAAAUUUCUGUACAGCUGUCAAGUUUCAUGAACCCUCAGGGACAAAGUCACUAAACCAAGAUACUUCCUGCCUUUGACGUCUAUAUGAUCUAGUUGAUAUGAACUGUGUAAAUGAACUGGUUCUUAUAUGUUGUUUUCAUACACUAUACAACUUACCUCAUUCACACAAAUUCACAGAAACAUUUUUAUAUGUUUUUCUAUGCAAGUCCUUUUUGCAUAACACAAAUAGAUAA